AUGGCAACAGUCGACGAUGAGACAAGUACGAAGCAGGACGGCCUUUCGAAUCGCGAGCCGCCUGGAACACUAACGCCGUCUACGGGAACUUCUCAUUCUCAAAAGAUACCAGAGGCUGAUUCUGAGAAAGCGAUAGUUGAAAAUGAAAAUGAGCAAAUGAUUGUGACCUGGUAUGGUGCAGACGACCCCACUAAUCCCAAGAAUUGGUCUUUCAAGCGUAAAUGGGGCAUCACUGUUGUAGUCUCGCUUAUUGCAUUCAUGACGGGAAUAUCGUCUGCUAUCAUCGCGCCCGCUAGCAAUGUCAUCGCUGAAAAAUUUGACAUCCACACUUCUUUUCGAAAGCAGCUCAACUUCUCCAUCAUUCAACUUGCCUACGUUAUCGGGCCCCUGGUAUUGGCUCCGCUUUCUGAAGUAUACGGACGUUCGUUUAUUCUUCAAGCCUCCAAUGUUUUCUUCUUAAUCUUCAAUUUCGUGAACGGCUUUGCAGAGACUGAAGGUGAGUUCCUGGCCUUCCGGUUUCUGAGUGGUCUUGGCGCUUGUGCCCCUUUGACAAUUGGUGGUGGUGUCCUGUCUGAUCUAUGGCGCCCAGAGGAAAUCGGUAUGGCCAUUGGACUAUAUACUCUAGCUCCUCUGCUUGCUCCUGCCCUCGGACCCUUACUCGGAGCUUGGAUUGUCGAGAGGUCUACAUGGAAAUGGUGCUUCUUUUCCAUCACCAUUUUCGGAGUAAUUGUGCAAACCCUCGUUUUCUUUACGUUGAAAGAAACGUACGGCCCACGAAUCUUGCAAAGAAAAGCCGAGGAGUUGCGCAAAGAAACCGGAAAUAACCAGCUGCGGACGGCAUUUGAGCUUAAAGAUUUGCGUCUUAUCUCUAUCAUGCGAACUUCGCUCGUUCGUGUCGUUAUAUUGCUUACCACUCAACCCGUCGUCAUUUUUCUCUCCGUAUAUUUUGCGAUGGUCUAUGGUAUCAUUUACCUUAUGCUGUCUAGCUUCCCGUCGUUGUGGACAACUUACUAUCACGAGUCCAUCGGCAUCGGUGGUCUCAACUAUAUUGCUAUCAUGAUCGGCUUGACCAUCGGUGCACAAGGAGGUGGUCGUAUCGUAGACCAUGUAUACAAGACCCUGAAAGUUCGAUCAUCUGACAAUACUGGAAGACCCGAAUUUCGCGUGCCUCUUCUAUUCUUCUCCACUUUCUUAGUGGCAGCGGGACUUUUCAUGUAUGGGUGGUCCGCUGAAACGAGGAUUUUCUGGCUUUCAGCAGACAUUGGUGCUGCUAUUUUCUCUGUAGGAGCAGCUAUGACGUUCGCUUCAAUCCAAACAUAUAUUAUCGAUUCCUAUCCUCUAUUCGCUGCAUCUGCUAUAGGUGCGACCGCGGUGCUGAGAAGUUUGACUGGAUUUGGGUUCCCGCUUUUUGCUCCUGCUAUGUACAACAAACUUGGUUAUGGCUGGGGUAAUAGCGUGCUGGGAUUCGCGGUUCUAGCCGUUGGCUAUGCUGGAGCUCUGAUCCUCUGGUUUUUCGGGCACAGGCUGAGGGAGGCAAGUCCAUAUGCGAGAGGAGGUGGGUGA